GAUUGCUAUCUGCUAGAGGCUGGCCCGUGCUCCUCACUAAGAUGGAUUACGCCAAAUCCCUGAGCCAGCGCCUGGCUGUUCCUGUCUCCAAAUGUGUCUCAGCAAGUGCCUCCAUGACCCAGCAGCUCCUGUCAAGCCCAGCCCCACGGCCCCGACCAUACCGUAUCUGCAACUGGAACCGCAGCCUGCGCAAGGGUGUCAUGGCCCAGAGCCUUGCUGACCUGCUGCACCAGGCUCAGAGUGCACUGGCCACCCCCGGGCCCAUCUCACUGGUGCUGGAUGAAGAUGGCACUGCAGUGGAGACAGAAUCUUUCUUCCGGACCUUGGGCGAGGGCACCGUGCUGAUGGCCCUGACCAAGGGGCAGACCUGGACUGCCUGCAAGACACCUGGCUACCAGCUGAGCCUGUCCCACAAGCCCCCUCAGAGGAUUGAUGUUGCUUGUGUCACCUUCGACCUCUACAAGACCAACCCUCAGGACCUGGGUUGCCUCAAUGUCAAGGCCACGCUCUAUGGCACCUACAGCAUGUCCUAUGACCUGCGCUGCUAUGGGGCCAGGCAGCUGAUGAAGGAAGCCCUGCGCUGGACGCUCUUCACCAUGCAGGCCACUGGCCAUGUCCUGCUUGGCACAUCCUGCUACAUGCAGCAGCUCCUGGAUGCCACUGAGGAACCAAAGAAGGUGGAGACGAGCCCAGGGCUUCUAAGCCUCCUGCCACGCAGUCUGCCACCCCUACCCCGCAUAAAGAUGCUGCAGUGAGGGCUUUGGUGCCCUGUUCUUUGUAACCCUGAUCCAGUUCCUGGAGGUACCAGCACCUUGCUAGGUCAAUGCAUUAGGGAGAGGCUGCCAUGGUGCCUGGUGUAGCUUCUCUUUCUACCUCGCUGGCUGAGCAUGGCCAUCCCUGCCUUUGA